AUGGACUUGGGUCACUGUUGCCUCGGCCAGCAGUGCAGCUCCGGGGUCCCACCUGCCUUGAUCCCAGCAAAAGGGCUUUCCAGAAAGAACCGCAGGUUGGCAUUCCUAGGGCCUCGGGAUGGCAUUGCCAACGAGCCAAGCGCCUUGGGAAGCGUAGAAGUGUCACUCCUCGGUAGGCGCCUUUGCCAGCAAGCGGUCGAGCUAUGGACUCCAACCUGCAGGGGACAUUUCUCCUCAACGGCCCUCCCCUGUCCCCGUUCGCGGAAGUGAAAACCCCCAUGUGCCAGUAUUCAAUGCAAAACUCCUUUUACAAACUCAGUCCUCCUGGACUCAGUGCCCAGUUGGCGUCUGGCACACCGCACGGCAUCAGUGACAUCCUCAGCAGACCGGUGGCUCCUCCAAAUAACAUCCUCCUCUCCGGCUACUCCCAUGUUGGGGGAUUCAACGGACUGGGCGCCCAAGGCAUGUACUAUGGUCCCCAAAUGGGCAAUUUCGCCAAGACGGGAAGCGAAUAUGGAGCCAGGGGCAGGAGCUGUUGGGCCGAACCAGUCCAGGAAUGGCACGAAGGCCGAGUAUGUGGCAACUCCGCAGGGCACCUUGGUGAUGGCCUCCACAAGAAGAAACACACACGGCCAACCUUCACAGGCCACCAGAUCUUUGCCCUGGAGAAAACCUUUGAGCAGACCAAAUACUUGGCUGGGCCUGAGCGGGCACGACUGGCAUAUUCCCUGGGCAUGAGUGAAUCCCAGGUAAAGGUGUGGUUCCAGAACCGGCGCACCAAAUGGAGGAAGAAGAGUGCCCUGGAGCCUUCCUCCUCUUCCCCACAAGCAGGAGCUGGACCAGGCGAGCGCACCGUCUCUGAUGAGGAUGACGAAUACAACAAGCCCUUGGAUCCAGACUCCGAUGACGAGAAGAUCCGUCUCCUGUUGCGCAAACACCGGGCCACCUUCUCCGUCCUGGGUCUAGGCUCCCAUAGUGGCUGAGAAGGACUGGCCUUGGUGGGGCCUGCAGGUUUCCGGGGAAGUUGAAUUCAGCAGGCUGGACUUGGGAGGGUGGUGUCUCGAUGGUGACUUGGGGGGAGGGGGAGGCCUUUCUCAAAAGUAGAACACAGAGGUUCCAGUUCUGGAUUUGGUGCAGAUGGGUAGCUACUGUGGCUGCACGCAAGUCACAGGACACCCAAGGAAGAAGCCCGCUAGUAUCCAACUUGCCCCUUGGACCUGAGGCUUGCCUGCAGCCCUCUGUUCGAUUGGGAAAGAGAUGUGCUUUCAUUUGUCAUUUCAUUUUUAAUAAUAAUAAUAAUAAUAAUAAUAAUAAUAAUAAUA